AUGGCCUCGUACCUGCCGCUGUUUGUCCUGAAGCGACUAGUCAACUACGGACUCUCCAAGCUCGGGCUUUUCGAGAAUGAUGUGUUGGACGCCGUCGACACUAUUAGGGGACAGGGGAGCACGCUCGAACUGCGAGAUGUCGGCCUGAAGCCAGAGGUGAGCUUUCUACCACUACGAGCAACAGCAGCCCCUGUGGAGCGGGGCACUGAGCCCGAGCUGAUACUUGCGGGCUAUCUUCGGCUUCCUGCAACCUGCGAGAUUUUGAGUGCCCGCAUCCACCACCUUCGAGCCAUCCUCCCUGACGACCUGAGGAACACCGGCAUCGCCGUUGAGGUGAACGGUAUCGAUAUUCGCCUACGCCUGCUAUCGGACGAUACAUCUCAGGCCAAGCUUGGGAGCACAAAGCACCGAUCAUCGUCUCUCCCAGCGGGGUAUGGCGCACAGGAAGAGCAAACCCUACCGACUCCAGCCAACCUCGCCGAAUCGUUCUUGGAAUCCGAGUCCAAAGAAGAGAAAGAGGAACUGGAAGCAGCGAUCUCUUCACAAUCACAAGUUCUUCACCAAAGAUCCUCCUUUGGAGAUAGCGAGGAGGAAGAGGAAUUUGGCCUUGGGAAUGAAGAAACAUCUCUGCCGAGCUUUCUCACACGUUUACUGAAGGGAUUAUUCGACCGAUUACGGAUCACUAUCAAAAAUGUGGCCGUGAGAGUGGAUAUGGAGUUAAAGCAGGACGGGCCUGCAAAAAGACACCCGGAGGAGAAGCCAGAUGUUGUCUCGGGUUUGUUAACCGUGGGAAUCAUCGAUCUCCAUGGAAGCUCGUCGGCAACCGCUGCUGGUCCGAAUCAACCUAGCAUGAUUCGGGAGGGAAAAAGACUACUGUCAUUUGCCGAUAUCAAUCUCGGCCUGGUGUCGGAUCCAGUGGUCUUCUCAAAUUACUCGCGAUUCACAGCCCCCACCUCUCCCACUACAACGAUGCAAUCCAAAGCAAGCCAGGCGUCAAGUAGAGCACCUUCGUCGCCCUCCUUAGAUGCCACAGGCUCGGAUCCCGGACUUGCCAUGACACGUUCAACAAUCUUUGAACCAACCCUCGGGCUUAGCAGGGGAAGCGGUGUAAGCCACGUAAUGGAAGCAUCAAGUCUCUCUCACGAAGGCCAUUUCUCAGAUGCAGACUCAGACCCUGGAAAUCGAGUAGAUCACAGUCUUGAUGAUUCUCAGAUUUUCAGUGCUGGUCCGUUCCAGGAUAAUCCGGAAUAUCUGGACUCCGUGAUCGAUUCUGGACUUGAUGAUCUUGAUGGCGAAGCUUCUUCGAGGGAGUAUCCCGAAAGACAGCACUUGGCAAACAGUGUUGAUAGUGCUUGUCACCAGGAUUCCUCCUUCCGCGGCUCAGAAGAUUUGGCAGCUCUCGACAAGUAUACGGGCACGGCAUCGACACCGCAAAUCAACUCACCCGAAAGUCAUGGCUACGACUCGACAAAUGUUAGUCGAUUCGGUAUUGAAUCCAAUGAACUUUUGCAGACCUCCCAUCAUAGCGACAAGCAGGACGACUCGACAUCCCAACCCCAUAUGUCACGGCAUAGUUCUCAGAACCCGACGUCUCGUUCGGAGUCUGGUAGUACAGCUUCUGGGGGUGCAACUCCUAGCGUUGAGCUCACAGAGUCCAAAUUCUUUUCUCAUGAAGAGGCACAAAGCCUGUACAUGAGUGCGAUGAGCCAAGGCGGCGGUAACAGCUUUAUGCCUAGCAUGCCUGGGGCAUGGGAUUCAUUCGGCUCAGAUCAACGGUCGGAAGCUGACGAUAGCGAUGUUCCUGGUAGAGCUAAUAUUUCUGUGGAAAACACCAUGCAAGACCAAGAGGUGGAUGAUGCAGGUGCUGCUUCUACGCCAAAACUGACAAUCCCGUCAGAAUCCUAUUUUGGGCAGCAAAAGACUUGGCAAGACAAACGAUCACGAUCUCAGUCGGGGAGUACGGCAAAUCUAUCAACUUUCUCAUCUCCUACUCUGAACAAGAGUCAUGAGGUGAGGAAACCUCUCUUCAAUGUUGACAAGGUCUUGAUAUGGAUCCCCGAUGCUUCUAUCUCAAACCCGGGAAAAUCUGGCUCUACGCAGCCACAAAUGCCCAUGGAGAGGACAGAGAGUGAUCUGAAAGAAUUUGCCUCUGGCUUGCGUGACCCAAAAAUGGGUGAAAGCCUUCCGGCUUCCAUAAUCCCCGCCAAGCCACCCGAAGGUUCAAGCGAACCACGCGCUUCUUCUGAGCCAGAUCGCCCUGGCCAGCACCGUCCUGCGGAUCCUGACGACCGAGCAUUGGAAAUACAAGUGGAAGUUUUUUCGGCCACUUUAAACUUUGAUAUAUCAACCGGAUGGCUUGUCAUAAAAGCACUGCAGCGAGUCUCGACCAUGGUCACUGGGGCUUCUACCGAAGAUCAGCCUAAAAAGCAAACCUCCAUGCCGACUCUGGAUCUUCACGUUCGGGACUUUUCUAUCAAGUUCAUCGAACAUGUGGCCGGGCACCCUUAUCCUCCAGAUCAAGCCGGUACCUCGUUACCGCCCCCUUACACAUCAAUGGAAGAUGUUCUUCUUCAGGCUACAGCAUCCGGAUUAAUGGUCCGCUUGUCAGCAAAUGACACGAGAACAAGUCUGAAACUUGCUGUGACCAAGUUUACUUUCGGUUUUGCUUCCAAUGAUGUAGUGUCUUUCAACGAAUCCUUAAAAAUGCGCGAGUCAACCCGGGAUCUCGCAAAUUCUUCACAGACGGACAUUUCCCUCUCGUUCGCGAAGUCCGCGGACACUACAAGAGUUAACAUAUUCACCCUUCCUCUUCAUCUCAAUCUGAACAUUCAGCAAUUAGAAGAGGUUCUUGGGUGGAUGGGUGGUCUGAGUACAAUACUUGAGCUCGGGAGCUCGAUAUCUUCAACACCAACAAUGAAGGGCGUCCACGACCCUCUGAAGAAGCGCCCAAAGGGUGUACGUUUUGCGACAUCUGAUCCGCCACCAAACAAAGACCAGUCUCUCUCCACGCCGUUGAAGAUCGACGUUAGACUGGGUGGAAUUGUGCUAGAUGUCGUCGGAGAUACUCAUUCUCUGCAACUGAGUACGACGGCGGUGAAGCUUGUGAGCAGAUUUGAGGGCAUCGGUAUCCAAAUCGAUAAAGCGAGAUUGAGGGGACCAAUGCCGCUUGAUUACACCGAUGAUGCGCCUGCAGAAAUCAAUUUUGACAACAUCAGAGUGGAAUUCCUGUUUGCGCCGAAGGAGAAUGAUCUCGACCGCCUUGUAACUCUGAUUACCCCGUCUAAAGACAAGUACGACGAUGACGACGACAUCAUGCUUGAUACUCUCCUGCGGCAGCGGAGGCAGGGCUCCGUCCUUCGCUUGGCUGUGAUGAACAUGAAGACAACGGUCUCAAACGUUAGCGGCCUAGCUCCGCUUUCAUCCCUUGGCCAGGAAAUUGGGCGUCUGUCUAAUGUUACCAAAUACUUGCCAGAAGACGACCGCCCAGGGAUUCUGGCUCUUGUCCUGGUUCGCGAGUUCGAAGCUCACGUUCAAGUCGGAGGGGAUGUCGGUGAUUUGACUGCGCGUCUUAAAAAUGCCGAAGCUGCAUGGAUCAGUAUGCCUUCACUCAUGGCUGCACAAGUUGGAAAACUCACAAUCCUUCGAAACCAUGACGAGGAACUGGUUGGUGAAGCCGUGGUGCCCAGCAGUUAUCACUCUUCGAUCCAGUCGUGCCCACCUGUUCUCAUGGCCCGGUUCAUUCCGGAUGAAAUGGACCCAACUUUUAAAGUCAAGCUCCAUCACCUACGAGUUGAAUAUACAAUUCCCUCACUCAUGGCCUUUCUCGGGCUAGGUCAGCACACGACAGGUGAAGGUCUUGCAGGUGAGAUGGCAAGCUCGAUAGCCAACCUCACAGAUCAAUCAGCACGAACAACAGGAACUUCGAGUCUUCACUCGCCACGGCCUGAUAGUUCCCGUUCUUCAAAGCCGACUAAGCUCAGAGUGGUAUUCAAGGAUUCUGUCAUUGGGCUCAAUCCACGCAGCCCGCCGUCUAAAGGCCUUGUGGUGCUCACGAAUGCCAAACUCAACGGAGCAAUUCACGGUGACGACUCGUCGGAUGCUACCCUGGAUAUUGGAAAGGCAUCCAUUAUGAUUAUUGAUGACGUGGCGAACGUGGGAAAAAUGGAUAAUCUUCAUCGUCGAAGCCCAGCUGUGAUCCAGAGCAACCAAGCUCAAGAAUACAUCGAUCAAGGAUACGUCCCAGUGUCCACCAUAUCCGCCGCCAUGGUAGUUGUCAAGGUUGUGAAUCUUGUCGAAGACGAAGCCAAGUCUUUGGACGUCGAGCUAAGAGAUGAUCUCUUGAUUCUGGAAACCUGUGCGGACUCAACGCAGACCCUCAUCAACAUCCUCAAUGGAUUGCAACCUCCAACGCCACCAAGUGUGGCUACCAAGUACCGGACAGAAGUCAUGCCAAUCAACGACAUGCUUGCCUCGUUCUCGGGUGAUGCCUUCACUACUGAGAACGCCUUGCCUGUCGAUGCAAGUGUCGAAUCAGCACCUCAUCUCGAGGGAAUACCUGAAGAAGAUCAACUCAGUGACGAACUCGAGUAUGUUAGCGAAUUCUACCCAGGGAAGCAGGCAGUCCUCGGAAGCGAAGAUAUGGAGCUACUUGGAAGGUCGGACGGCAAUGAGCUUCUGGAUAGUUUCCACUCUCAGUAUCAGGUUUCUUCGAGCAUCACAGAGCUUGAUUUCCAGGAUGAUCAUUUUGCAAAGAAAUCUGCUGUUGGUGGAACGGCCCAUCGCUGGGACUCUACUCACAACACCUACGGUCUUUCAAACGACACAAAGCUUCAAAGAAGUCCCCUGCGCGUUCGUGUGCGGGAUAUGCACAUCAUCUGGAACCUUUUCGACGGUUUUGACUGGCAGCGGACAAGAGACACGAUUUCCAAGGCCGUUAAGGACGUUGAGACCAAGGCAACUGAAAGACGUGCACGAGCGUCCCGAGUGUCGCCCGCCAAUGAGGACGAUGAAGAGUCUGUGAUCGGAGAUUUCCUCUUUAAUUCAAUUUACAUCGGCAUCCCGGCAAAUAAGGACCCGCGAGAGCUUCACCGUGAGAUCAAUCGUGAGAUCAACGACCUUGCCAGUGAAACCGGGAGUUACGCUACAACCACUACCGCAACGGCUACGACUAGUCGCCAAAGCAAGUCCAUCUCUGGAAGAGAGAAGAAAAGUCUACGCCUGUAUCGAAGCAAGCAUCAUAAGAUGACUUUCGAGUUGCGCGGUGUCUGUGCCGAUUUGGUGGUAUUCCCACCAGACUCGGAAGAAACGCAAAGUUCCUUGGAUGUACGGGUCAAAGACCUGGAAAUCUACGAUCACGUUCCUACGUCGACAUGGAAGAAAUUUGCGACGUAUAUGCACGAGGCGGGUGAACGAGAGAGCGGUACCAGCAUGAUCCACCUCGAAAUUCUCACUGUGAAGCCAGUGCCCGAGCUCGCUGCGACCGAGAUCGUCCUCAAGGCAACUGUUCUUCCCAUUCGUCUUCAUGUGGACCAGGAUGCGUUGGACUUCAUGAGCCGCUUCUUUGAGUUCCGAGACGAAACCAUCGAGGCCGCCACCACACCGGGAGAUGUCCCUUUCCUGCAGCGUGUUGAGGUUAAUGCCGUGCAAGUGAAGCUGGACUUCAAGCCAAAGCGAGUCGACUACGCUGGUCUUCGGUCUGGCCGUACGACAGAGUUCAUGAAUUUCUUCGUGCUCGAUAACGCCAACAUGGUUUUGCGGCAUGUCAUCAUCUACGGUGUGUCUGGAUUCGAUCGACUCGGCAAUACUCUGAAUGAUAUCUGGAUGCCAGAUGUCAAACGGAACCAGCUUCCCGGAGUUCUGGCCGGACUCGCCCCCAUUCGAUCCCUGGUCAACGUCGGUGGUGGUGUCAAGGAUUUGGUGGUCAUUCCCAUGCGCGAAUAUCAGAAGGAUGGCCGGAUCGUGCGCAGCAUCCAGAAGGGAGCUCUGUCAUUCGCCAAGACCACCUCCAAUGAACUCGUCAAGUUGGGGGCCAAAUUGGCCAUCGGCACGCAAACGGUCCUGCAGGGCGCCGAGGAUCUUCUCACGAGUCCCAAUGCCGCCUCUGUCGCGCCGGAGGAUGACCGCGAUGAGGAUGACGAGACGAAGAAGAUUUCUCUGUAUGCCGAUCAGCCGAUCGGUGUGGUGCAGGGCCUGCGCGGUGCAUUCAGUGGUCUAGAACGAGACCUUCUUCUGGCACGAGACGCCAUCGUUGCCGUGCCAGGGGAGGUCGUUGAAAGUGGCAGUGCCACGGCCGCCGCCAAAGCUGUCUGGAAGCGUGCUCCCACGGUAAUCCUGCGCCCCGCAAUUGGUGUAUCCAAGGCCGUGGGACAGACUCUCCUGGGCGCUGGCAAUACGCUGGACCCGAGUAACCGGCGCAAAAUCGACGAUAAAUACAAACGUCACUGA